CCUUCUGGGCACGCGCAUUUCAAGAUUCGCAUCAUUUUUGUCCAUCUGCGCAUGCGUAAAAGACCGGAAGUGCUGUCCGUCCUCUCCCGCCGUAGUUUGAUGAACCGACAUUAUGAUGGCAGCACUGAGUCAGGUUCUGAUCACGAAAUUCGAUGUAAUUAAAGACACCUAUUGCGACUUAUUAGUUAUGGCCCCUAGCUCGCUCAGCUCAGCUGCUUGUCAGAGAUGUGUGUAUAUUAUAAUUACUGUAAUGUUGGGUUUUACUGUUGUAACAGUAAGAGGCUGAAGGCGAAAUGAGCAGACCUAGUGAGUGACUAUAUCUGUAUUGACUGCUGUUGACACUGGUUGACACAAGGUAUCAUGAGCCACUACUUUUUUGUGGUAGUGACAAUUGUAACAAUAAGAGCGAAUUUGAGCAGCUGCCGUAUUGUGUAAUGCGUAUUAGCAAGCUCGUAUUGAAUCAUGAAAGUUCCUUACUCUUUUAUCAAUGUGUAUGACGGUGACAAUUAUUACUGCGAAACAUAACCUCAAUACUGUCAAUAUUUUUCUCUCACCACGAAUGUGUGGUUGUCGCACCCACACGAUUAAUGUGUCACAAUAUUAACUACUGUACAGACCGACUGAGUUUACUGCUGUCUCUGCGAAAACUCUGACAGACAUUCGUACCAUCCUCCCUGUAAGGCACAACUAGUUGCAUACAAAACUGAAAAUGGCAAAGAUUUGUAAUUCACGAUCCAAGGUUUAUGAAACUAGGGGUGUUGUUGAAGAUGAACCUGUUGAACAUAUUGAAUCUGAAGGAGAACGUCUUAUCAAACAAAUGGUACAGAAGCAAUUAGAUCCUCAUGUCAAUCUUGGCCAGGAAUUGAAACGAGAGCAGAACUUUAAAAGUGUACAAGAAACUCUGCCUCUUACUGCUUAUGUGAGAGGAGAAACAACUUUGAAAGAAUUUGAACAGACUACUGAGAAAGUAGCUCACAUUGAGGAAUUGAAAAGUUUUGGAUUGUCAAAUGAUGAAAUUCAAUUAUUGCUGGAUUACGAAAGAGACAUUCUUGCAGAGAAAUAUAAGAAAACAGAGAGAUCUAUUCUUUCUUCACAAAUUGAAAGCAUUCUGAAAAAAAUUGAAUGUGCCAAAACAGAAAAUGCUCGAAUUCUUUACUUUACUAAAACAAAAACUGAUGCAAGACCUCCUGAUCAUCCAAUAAAUAAUUUAAAAAAUAUUGAGAAAGAACUUUUUGGCCACGUAGCUGGAGCUAAAAAAAAGAAGAAAUCCGGUGUUAAUAAAUCUGCAAAACUUUCUCCAGGAUCUAAUGAAACAGUAUUUCAAAGAUUCUCGUAUGAAAAUGGUAACUCAUUGUGGGAUGUUACUAAAGUAAAAACAUGCACAAAGAGAAAAAGCCCAGAAACUUCAAGCCACGUUUAUACAUGCAAACCUGAGUGUUUAUAUACUGUUAAAAAAGGAGAAAUUGUUCCCAUUGACAAAAGAAAUACAGUAGAAAAAAAGGACAAAAUUGAAAGUAACAUUUUCAAAUGCAAUGAUGAAUUUGUUGUGUCAGAUAUGAGAGAGUCCACUAUCCCACUUGUUCCUUUAGAAGAUAUAUCAAAGAAUUGUUUAUCCAUACAAGAAAUUAAAUCUAUUUCUAAAUUUGCCAAUUAUGUGUUGUAUGUGAAGAAUUUAGCUGGGAGUGUGAUCAAUGACGAUCUUGUUUCGCUAUUUGGUCAUUUUGAAACUGAUUCAGGAACUCGAAUUAUGUACAGACUUUUAACUGGACGAAUGAGAGGUCAAGCUUUUGUCACUUUCCCCAGUACAUCAUUAGCUAUGAAAGCAAUGAAGUUAGUGAAUGGAUACGUUCUUAAAGGCAAGCCAUUAAUCUUGCAGUUUGGAAAAGCAAAGGAAGAUCAUGAUGGUGGACAUAAUGAUGCUGUAAGAUGAUACAAAGUGAAAUAAAAAUUUUUGUAGAAGUUCUGUUAAUAUUUUUGUUAUUGAUCUCAGUAAUGGUUGAGAAAGAUUCAUGUAAAAUGGGUUAAAUAUUAUCAGUAAUAUUUAUAUAUUCAAAUAUUUUAACUGUAUGAAUUUAUUGAAAAUAAAUACAGAAUUUUUAAUGG